AUGUGCAUCUACAUCAUAACACACCACGCUUGUCCACACACCUCUCUAUUACUACAGGAGCGAUGUCCGGGAUCACUGAGUAGAAGAAUGAGCACUGGGGGUGGGAGAUACGAAAGCCCGCCGUGUAGGUUCGACAGGGAACGAUUUGAGAGAUGGAAGAGAGAAGCAGAGGGUCAGGAAAACGAAGAAACCCCGGCGACUCGGGAAAGGAGGGAUGAAGGAAAGUGGAAAAAGAAUGGAGGAGGGAGAAAGAUGGAAAGUGAGUUCAGAGAGAGGUGGGCGGAGGGACUUUGUGUUAAGUGUAAGGCAGAGAAGGAAGGCAGUCGGGCGCUAGCAAGAAAAUCUUCAUUCGCGGAAAUAGUAAAGAAUCUCUUGAGUAUCGAUCGAGAAUUGCAGGCGCAGAGACUAAGUGUGCACUCGGCAAGUGGAAGGGGCAAGUCAGCAAUUCCUCCCGUUCCUAUGAUUGGAAAAAGGAGGGGAAUGCGGUGA